AUGACACUUCCUUCGGUUAAGCAUGUUGACAAGUUCAUUUCUGCCGAGAUACCUGACAAAAACUUAGAACCAGAUCUAUAUACUCUUGUCAGCGACUAUAUGAUUCACGGACCUUGUGGUGUUGCAAAACCAAAUUGUCCGUGUAUGGUCGACGGUAACUGUUCGAAGAAAUUUCCUAAGAAGUUCUGUGAUAAGACUUCUCUAGAUUCGAAGGGUUAUCCGGUCUAUAGACGAGCCGAUUCAGGUGUUUUUGUUGAGAAAUCUGGUAUUCAGCUUGAUAACAGAAGCGUGGUUCCGUAUAGCAAAACCCUAUUGAGACGUUAUCAAGCACACAUUAACGUCAAAUGGUGUAACCAGGCUGCGUCCAUUAAGUAUUUGUUUAAAUACAUUAACAAAGGACCAGAUAGGGCAGAAUUUGGUUUUGUACCAAAUGCUGAUGAAGGUCAGCUUGAAGAUCGAAAAGAUGAAAUCAAAGAGUACUACGAUUGUAGAUAUCUCUCGGCAUGCGAAGCUUCAUGGCGCAUAUUUGCAUUUGAUGUUCAUUACCGCUAUCCAUCCGUAAUCAGGCUUCUGUUUCAUCUACCUGAUAAACAAAACAUUGUAUACGGCCCUGACGACGAACUUGAUAGUGUUCUACAAAAACCAUCUAUUUCUUCUACGAUGUUUUUGGGGUGGAUGGAAAAGAAAGAAAAAGAUCCAUUGGCGCGCACCCUUACUUACGUUGAGUUCCCAACUAAAUUUGUUUGGAAAAAGGAUGAAAGGAUAUGGGAUAAACGCAUAAUAGGCAAAACCAUUGGUUGUAUUCAUUGUGUGAAUCCUUCUAUGGGCGAGGCAUACUUUUUAAGAAUUCUUCUUAAUAAGGUAGUAGGUCCUAAGUCUUUUGAAGACAUUCGUACUGUGAAUGGACAAGUCUUCCCAACAUUUAGAGAUGCGUGCUACGCUAGAGGCCUUUUAGACGACGACAAGGAGUAUAUAGAAGCUAUCAAAGAGGCGUACUACACAGGUUCUGGUUACUAUCUUCGUAAUCUGUUUGCUACAAUGUUAGCGUCUAAUACAUUAUCAAAGCCUGAACAUGUUUGGGAAAACACAUGGGAGUACCUUGCGGAUGGUAUUUUAUACAAUCAGCAAAAGCUUUUGAGGAUCGAAGGUUUGUCUCUUCCAGAAGAACAAAUAAGGAACCUAACAUUGCUGGAAAUUGAGCGUUACUUAUUACGUAACAACUCAAGUUUAAGUCGGUUUCCGUCUAUGCCUCAACCCGACAGUGAAUCAAUAUAUUCAGCAGACAACCGUUUAAUUGCUGACGAUCUUAGGUACGAUGUAAGCGCUACUGCCAUUGAAUUUGAUAAUAAUUUAAGCAGCCUAACCGAUGAGCAGCGUUUAGUGUUUGAUGAGAUAAUUGAAGCAGUUAAUAGUAAUGCGGGUGGUUUGUUCUUCGUAUAUGGCUAUGGAGGUACUGGUAAGACAUUUAUUUGGAAGACAUUAUCUGCAUCCAUUAGAUGUAAAGGCGAUAUUGUACUAAAUGUUGCAUCAAGUGGAAUUGCAUCUCUUUUGUUACCUGGUGGACGUACUGCACAUUCAAGGUUUCAUAUACCUUUAAAUUUAAUAGAAACCUUGUGA